UUGUAGUUCUUGGAGCCGGAAGUGGGGGUGGCAGGGGUAGAACGGCAGCUGAGGCAGCAAUCCUUGACUCUGUCGCUGUCAGGGUGUAGUGCAUGGUUCUGAGCCCACCAGCCAGGUGCCUCCCCUCUCUUGAGGGUGCUCCGGGUGCCCUGGCUGUCGAAGCGGCCUGGAGCCUCUCUUCGGCCCCGAGACGGCCUUACAGUCCGGAUGCGUCCGGAGGGCGCGGGAAUGGAUCUUGGCGGCGGCGGGGAACGCCUGCCGGAGGAGAGCAGGAGAGAGCACUGGCAGCUGCUGGGUAAUUUGAAGACUACUGUGGAGGGUUUGGUGUCGGCCAACUGCCCCAAUGUCUGGUCCAAGUAUGGGGGUCUGGAGCGGCUUUGCAGGGACAUGCAGAACAUUCUGUAUCAUGGGCUCAUCCAUGACCAGGUCUGUUGCCGCCAGGCUGAUUACUGGCAGUUUGUGAAAGACAUUCGGUGGCUCAGCCCGCACUCAGCCCUUCACGUUGAAAAGUUCAUCAGUUUGCAUGAGAGUGGCCAGAGCGACACCAACAGCGUGAGUGAACACACUGUCGCAGAGCUGUGGCUGCAGCACAGCCUGCAGUGCCACUGUCUCUCAGCCCAGCUCCGGCCUCUGCUUGGGGACAGACAGUACAUGAGAAAAUUCUACACAGAAACUGCCUUCCUGCUGAGUGGCGCCCACGUCACAGCCAUGCUCCAGUGCCUAGAAGCAGUGGAACAGAACAACCCGCGGCUCCUGGCUCAGAUUGACGCAUCUAUGUUUGCCAGAAAGCAGGAGAGCCCACUGCUGGUCACAAAGAGCCAGAGUCUCACAGCUCUGCCUGGUUCUGCAUACACCCCUCCAACCAGCUGUGCUCAGCAUUCCUACUUUGGGUCCUCCUCCAGCCUUCACCAGUCCAUGCCUCCCAGCCACAGCUCAGAAAGAAGAUCUACUUCCUUCUCACUCUCUGGCCCUCCCUGGCAACCUCAAGAAGACAGGGAGUGCCUCUCAGCAGCAGAGACUCAAACCACCCAAGCUCCACUGCUUUCAGACUCCGCUCUAGCCCAGGAUUCCCCACUGACCGCCCAGGACAUGAGCUCCAGCACUCUGACUAGCCCCCUCGAGGCAUCCUGGGUCAGCAGCCAAAAUGACUCCCCCAGUGAUGUCAGUGAGGGGCCUGAGUACCUGGCCAUUGGCAACCCAGACCCUCAUGGCCGGACUGCCAGUUGUCAGAGUCCCAGCAGCAGUGGUGAGAGUAGCAGCUCUCACUUGUUCUCCUGCAGCAGCCCUCAAAAGCCAGAUGCUGCUACUGCUGCUGCUGCUGCUGCUGCUGCUUCUCUAGGGGACCAGGAGGCAGGUAGGCAGAGUCAGGCAGGCAGCACCCUUCGCAGAUCCAGCUUCUCAGAAGGACAGACAGUCCCUGCCGCCAGCGGGACAAAGAAGAGUCAUAUUCGCUCCCACUCAGAUACCAACAUUGCCUCCAGAGGAGCCGCAGGAGGCCCCAGGAAUAUCACCAUUAUAGUUGAAGAUCCCAUUGCAGACUCCUGCAACGAUAAGUUGAAUUUGAGAGACCCCUUCCCUCCUCUGGCCAGAGCAGUGCAGUCAGCGCCCAGCCCUCUGUGCAUGGAGAAUGAGGGUGGUCAGUACCUCUGCUCAGGAGAAGGCAUGUUUAGAAGACCGUCAGAAGGACAGUCCCUCAUCAGUUACCUCUCUGAGCAAGACUUUGGCAGCUGUGCAGACCUGGAGAAGGAAAAUGCCCACUUCAGCAUCUCCGAGUCGUUGAUUGCCGCCAUCGAGCUGAUGAAGUGCAACAUGAUGAGCCAGUGCCUAGAAGAGGAGGAAGUAGAGGAGGAAGACAGUGACCGAGAGAUCCAGGAACUGAAGCAGAAGAUCCGCCUCCGGCGCCAGCAGAUCCGCACCAAACACCUGCUCCCUGCGUACCAGGAGACUGAGCAUGGAAGCUUCCGGGUCACCUCCAGCAGCUCCCAGUUCAGUUCACGUGAUUCUACACAGCUCUCAGACUCUGGCUCUGCUGAAGACGUUGAUGAAUUUGAGAUCCAAGAUCCUGACAUCCGAAGGAGCAUGGUCUCAAACGGCAAAUCAUCCUUCUCCCAGAAUUUCUCGCACUGCUUCCUACACUCCACCUCUGCUGAGGCCGUGGCCAUGGGGCUUCUGAAGCAAUUUGAGGGGAUGCAGCUUCCAGCUGCCUCGGAGCUAGAGUGGCUAGUCCCAGAGCAUGAUGCCCCCCAGAAGCUCCUGCCUAUCCCGGACUCCCUGCCCAUCUCACCAGAUGAUGGGCAGCAUGCAGACAUCUACAAGCUUCGGAUCCGUGUCCGUGGCAACCUGGAGUGGGCUCCACCGAGGCCUCAGAUCAUUUUCAACGUUCAUCCAGCCCCAACGAGGAAGAUUGCUGUGGCCAAGCAGAAUUACCGCUGUGCAGGAUGUGGCAUCCGGACCGACCCUGAUUAUAUCAAACGGCUGCGGUACUGUGAGUACCUGGGCAAGUACUUCUGCCAGUGCUGCCAUGAGAAUGCCCAGAUGACCGUCCCCAGCCGCAUUCUGCGCAAGUGGGACUUCAGCAAGUACUAUGUCAGCAACUUUUCCAAGGACCUGCUCAUUAAGAUCUGGAAUGAUCCUCUCUUCAAUGUGCAGGACAUCAAUAGCGCCCUCUACAGGAAGGUCAAGCUGCUCAACCAAGUUCGGCUGCUGCGGGUUCAGCUCUACCACAUGAAGAACAUGUUUAAGACAUGCCGGCUGGCCGAAGAGCUCCUGGAUUCCUUUGAUGUAGUUCCAGGCCACCUGACAGAGGACCUCCAUCUGUACUCCCUGAAUGACCUGACCGCAGCCAAGAAGGGAGAACUGGGGCCCCGGCUGGCGGAGCUCACCAGAGCGGGAGCCGCCCACGUAGAGAGAUGCAUGCUGUGCCAGGCCAAGGGCUUCAUCUGCGAGUUCUGCCAGAACGAGGAUGACGUCAUCUUCCCAUUUGAGCUGCAUAAGUGCCGGACCUGUGAAGAGUGUAGAGCGUGUUACCAUAAAACUUGCUUCAAGUCUGGAAGCUGCCCCCGGUGUGAGCGGCUGCAGGCCCGACGGGAGUUGCUGGCCAAGCAGAGCCUGGAGUCCUACCUGUCUGACUAUGAGGAGGAGCCCACAGAAGCCUUGGCUCUAGAGGCCACCGUCCUAGAGACCACCUGAGGAAUGUGCCUAAGCCCUUUGUCUAAGGGUCUGGCUAGGGUCAGAUAUAGAACUGAGCCACACCUUCAAGGAAGGUGGGGCCUUUUAAAAAUAUAUAUUGUCAUUUUUUUAUGACUUGUCUGCUGUCCAGGUGUAGGCAACCUUUAUGGGUUGAUGGAUCCAGUCUAUUGUGACAGAUAUCUGUGGACAUUGGGUAUUUUCAUCAGAACUGACCCUUGGAGUGCCUCUUGUCAGGGGAGUGGACAUCAAGACCCAGUUCCGACACGCUUGGCCUCUUCCACUAGGAUCAGAUCUGGUUUCAGAUGCAGCUCGAAGAUCAUUCCCAUUCCUGACUUAGUUCCUCAGCGUCCGAGCCAGGCCUUUCUCAGCCAAUGAUCUCCUUUGCUGCUGAAACAGAAGAAUGGUCUUUUCUCUGUCCUAGUCCUAAAAGAGAAUAAGACUGUGCCCUGAGGCACUGAAGAGAAAGGAGGUACAGCCAGGCAGUCUGUCUGACGACUUAGGUAUAUGGGGGGCAGGUAGGAACAGAACCAUCAUUGUGCUGGAAUCCCCAGGAUCUCAAGGGGGCAAACAUGGCUUCCCUGGUUCAAAUAUUCCUGGCAUAGGCUGGUUUGUGUACUCUGGUAGGCUUGAAGCAAAGAACAGAUCUGAGUCUUAGGCCAGGCCACAAGCAGAAGUGUGGCUGCAGCUGGUGCUUAAGGAGCGGUUUUCUCAGAAGUGCCGACAGCCUCCUCUGGGGUGGUCAGUUCAUGCUCAGGCAAGUCCCUGAUGCAACCUAAGGCAAGGAUAGAAACACCACCCACCAUCUUAAUAGUGGGUUCCUUAUUGCUCUGUACAACUAUGUGACCAUCAUGGUUCUAAGUACAGGUAUGACCCAGCUCCAUUCUCUGUCCCCCAUCAGAGCUGGGCCCUUCUUGGCUGAUCUCUUGCCUCAGUUUCCUUUCUCAGAGUUGGGGAGGCUGUCCCCCCACUAGUAGUGCUAGAGCACUUGACAGUGUGUGAAUGUUUCUGCUUACUCUGAGUAACAGGAGCCUUACGCAGUUAACUCUCUUCAGCCUUGGUAAUGUAUGUUGAACCAUCCUUUUCCUGAUUUAACAGACCCUUCCCCUAUCACCUAAUGUGCAUUUUUUCGUGGGAAGUUUCCUGGACUAGGCCGCACAUAACUGUGGUGGUGUUUGAGUUGCUGCGCACCUAACGUCUAUUAACACUGGUCAGGGUUGCCUCUCAGAGCCUGGCAUAUCUGUAACUGACAUCCACAGCGCCCUUGUUCUGGAGCUGGCCUGUGUCUCUGUACUUGAUUGCUAGCAAAGUCAUUGGUGCAGGCAGUGCCCCAAGAAGUCAAACAGAGUUGCACAUGCUGUAGCUGAGCUAAAGGGAACCAGGGCUCUCCCAGAGAGGCAGAGGCACAUUGGUGUAACAGCCAGGCUAAGCUCUAGCAGAGCAAGAGGAACGAGUGGAAACUGACCCAAGGUGUGGCUCCCCUGCCUCACACUUGGGAUCUGACAACUCUAUGGGCUGGAUGACUAGAACAGCUCUCUGCAGGAGAUAAGGCAGAAAGCUGAGGCCAAAGCCAGUUUCAAAGAAGAGCUGGUUAGAAAUCCUUUCCAACUCUGUUAUCACUGAGUCAGACCUUGGAUUGGGACUCUGACUCCAGUUCCAGUUCCUGGCUGACUUCCCGUCCAGAUGCUCACUGAUGUCACCACAAUGGAGGAGACUUACACCCAUCUCCCAGUCAGCACAGGCUCAAGCAGUCUCCCCGCCUUUCCUGUUUCCCCACCUCCCCUACCCAGUCCCUCUAGAUCAUAUACCCUUUAGAACCCCUGAGUCUGUGCUGUCAUUACUGACCAUAUACCCUCGUUUGUUUGGGAGUUGGGGAGAAGGAGCAGGGAGGUGAGGUGAAAGCCCUUUGUCACUUAAUGAUAUCUGAGGAUCCCCUGCUACAGUAGGGAGAAGCGUCCCAGGACUGAUGGGACGGACGCUGCAAGAGGGGAACACCCGCUGUCCCGAGGAGAAAACUCCAAGUCCUCUUCCUCUGCUGAGGGGUGGAGAGCUUUCGCUGAACUAACAGAAAGGGAGCAAGAGUCUAAAUAAAAAUGCUCUGUUUGUGUACAACUUGUGUUUAGAACUGGAUUUUCACCUGCUGUAAUUUACACACAUCCUGACAGUUCAUAGUCAUCUUUAAUAAACUAAGAAAAAUAAAUCUUGCCUUUUACUUACCUAC